GCCCGCCCAUUUCGCCGUCGCCAUCGGACUCUGUCCCUCCGCCGCCGCCGCCGCCGCCGCAUUCUUAAAUCCUAGCCCUUGGUGCCGGACGUCUAGCUCUACACGAUGGAAGACGAUGACAUCGAGGAGAGCUCCUGGCCAUCCGCCGCCACUGCAAACCGAGGAGGCUCAUCGGGCGGUGGGUACACUGACAUCCGGAAGGAGAUCUUGGACCGUCUCAUGGCCAAGGGAAUCGAGGAGGUCGUCUCAGACCCAUCGGCCUUCAGCGAACAGCUCCACUGGCACUUCGAGCGCCUGCCGGCGAGCAAUUAUAUUAGCAGCUACUCCAUCGAUUUGGACGUCGACAAGCCGGAGGACGUGCUGCUGCACUGCAGGAUUCUCGACGAGUGCGCCAACAACCCCGACAAGCGCCCCAUCUUCCAUGUCCGCUUCUUGAAGAGGAGACAAACUGAAUUUAGGGGAUCUGAACCAAAUGAAAGGAUGAUGGAGGACCUGAGUUUGGAGACAAGAAAUGUUGUGGAUGACUCUGAGGACAGUUCUGCGAGGAGGGACAUAGUGAUUCAUGAAAUUAUUGUUUCUUCCAUUGCCAAGCCAAAGCUCCUAGCUGAGUUAUCUGCUUUGCUGUCUGCAGUUGGACUGAACAUUCGUGAAGCUCAUGUUUUCUCAACAACGGAUGGCUUUUGUCUGGGUGCAUUUGUUGUUGAUGGCUGGGGUAUAGAGGAGACGGAUGAUUUGCUACAGAAACUCAAGGAGACAACAGCACGCAGUCAUGCAUCAUUAUCGAACCCAACAAAUUCUGCUAGAGAAGAUUGGUGAUUCGGAUGUUGACAGAAGUUUGCUGUUGCAGAUUAGGGAGACGAUUGCAUCUGGAUCUUCCGGAGACUUGUAAGAACAAAGUAACACUUUGCAACGAGUACUACGAUAUAUGAAGCCAAUUGUCUGGAGCAAUAUCAGCAACUGAACUUCCAGUGUCAAUUUCUUGCCCUUUAUAUGCAUUACCUAUUAAGGAAAUGGUUUGAUAUGGGAACACCCUGAAUAAACAUAAGCCGCUGCAUUUUAAAAAAAUAAUAUUUUGAUUAUAUAUACAUGGUAAGACCUGAAGAUAGUUCAGCAAUGAAGAGGUUGUGUAUGUGCUCUGUCUGCAGAUUCUGAGAAACUUAUCAUGGUAUAUAUGAAUGCCACAAUAAAGUUCCUUAGAGCCGACCAUGUUAAGGGACUCUUCAAAAGUGGAGUUCUUACAAGAAAUAAUGAUCUGAAGUAAGCAUUCAUACUAAAUCAAUGUGGUACAUAAUAACAUACGGAAUCAUUUAAUUCCAAAUUGACAGUGAAGCAUCUCAGAAAGCUGUCAAGCCAAUAAUUCAUAGUUUCAUUCACAGUUGCAAGAGUCUCCAGCAAUUUUUUUGAUCUCAGAAAUUUAAUUUGCUUGUGCAAUCGUCAUUUUUUAAUGUGAAAGUCCUCAUAGGCAUAUCUUGCCCAGGAUGAUGGUCAACUAUCUUAAACUUGUGACAAUCGGAGCAGAUCUCUUUGAGCUGUGAUCGUUUUCUUUGUCUGUAUGGCUAUCUUCCCUUAUUUUUAGUACUGUUUUGCUUGCUCACUGCUCAACUUGUUGCAAGAAUACUGCGGUUGGGUUGCAUGGACAUGUCCUACUCCUAUCACUCUCAUCUUGACCUAUCCAUGUAUCUGCUACUAUGAAAUAGUAACCCUAUGUAAGCACGUGCUGCAUUGCGUGAUAAACAAGUAAGUCUUGCAGCAAGCUCUUCUGUCAGCAAAAAAAAAAAGGGUUCAAAGUCAUUGCUGUGUUGCUAUCAUGAUUCUUAUCAUUUUCAAUAGUGUAGAUUUUCCUUGCCUGAUGUUCGUGAUGAAUGGAAGUGUAGCCUGAGGCAUGGGAACCUUGACUUAUAAAAAUAACCAAUAUUACCGUUCA